UGGGAGCAUUCGGCCGUGUGCGCGCGUGCACUUGUGUUGUGUUGUGUUGUGAGUGGUGAGCCCCGCGAGAUAACGUGUGGUGAGAAGAGCAUCACGCUCCACAUCCUCCUGUUCUCCGUUCGCCACCGAGCGCGACGCGUCUCGUUCUUCGGUUGCUUAUCACCACCGGGUAUAUAUCCUUGGAGGUCCUUGGAGAUCCUUGGCGGCCAGAGAACCGUAUCAGCAGCAGCAGCAGCAGCAGCAGCAGCAGCAACCGAUUGAAAGUUGUUGAAAGCACUCCACAAAAGUGGCUGCCAGGGUUCGAACUCUGACGGCGCCAAAACCCGGCCUAAUCAGUGCACCGUGCACCGACGGACUCAUGUAGCCAACAUUGGCCGAUGAGUUCUCCAACAAGUAAAGACAAAUAAAGACCGUAGACGGGUGAUCUACUAGGAGCCCUAGGGAAGUGUACAGAAAAUAGUGUUAAGCAACGCGUGUGAAAAGCCUUCGCGCGCGAACACAGAGGAACAGCAAAAAUCGCACAGGAUAAGCAAAUCGGUGCGCCAUCGGUUAGCCGAAGCGGGGGAUUACUUACACAAAUCGUUUCAACGUUGGAUUUUGGGCGACCAGUGUUCUAGCGAAACGAAAAUGUAUCACGCAAGCGGCUAACAACGAUAUAACGCGGAAGGGCGCGCGAGAAGCUGCUGUGCACAUACAGAAUAUACAAAAGGUACAUUGACAAAGCAUCACAAUAGAGAACGCGUAUCUAUUGUUGUGUGUUUGGUGCUUUGUGAGACUUCCAGCAUCGGCACAUCGGUGAGUGUGCGCCGCGCGCAGAUCCAAUCAGUUUUCUCCCCUCACACAAUCUUCGCAUUAAGUGAGUUAUUAUGGAAACCAGUUACAAUACGACGGCGGUGGGCGAAGGAGGUGCACCCGAUAGCGAGUUCGAUAUCAAUAUGUUCGACCAGUUCGUUUAUAAGACUUUUCACACACCUUCUUUCGGCGACGAGGAGUUCGAUAUCCAAGCGAUGGGGAGCAACCAUCUGCAACAGCAGCAUCAGCAGCAUAACCACCACCACCAGCAGCAACAGCAGCCGUCCCAGCAGCAGUAUCAGAUGCAUAGCGGUACCCACCAGUCAAGCGAUCAUAUGGGGCUGCUGCAAGAUCAACAGCAGCAAAAUUAUGGACAAUGGCAUCAGGAGAUGGCCGCCCACCACAGCCCGUACACACUGCAAUCACCUUCCCAACCGACAUAUCAUCAGCUGAACACUAGUCCGAACAACAACCCUACCCUGCACGUCAUGCAGCCGCCGCAGCAGUCACCAUCGAUGGUCCCACCGCAGCAACAGCAGCAGCUUUCUCCUCAGCAGCUCAUUCCCGGGAAUCCGCUCAACUUUAUCGGCCGCUCGCCUCCGCAGAACGGAGUCGCCCAGGGUAACGAAAACGGCACGACCAGCGACGAUAGCGACGAUACGAUAGCGGUAAGGCAGACCAACUCACUAAAGCGACCUUCGUCCGAGCCGUCUUACGGAGACGAUUCAUCGAUAGCGUGCAGCAUGAAGGCGUCGACGGCAGCCGCGGCUGCCAAGAAACCGAAGGUUACUAAGAAGAAGAAGAAGCGGGAUCCGAAUGAACCGCAAAAGCCUGUGUCAGCGUAUGCUCUGUUCUUUCGUGACACGCAAGCAGCUAUCAAAGGCCAAACUCCGAACGCCUCGUUUGGAGAAGUUUCCAAAAUUGUUGCCUCCAUGUGGGAUGUGUUGGCACUAGAGCACAAAAAUGUGUAUAAAAAGAAAACAGAAGCUGCUAAGAAGGACUACUUGAAAGCGUUAGCUGCAUAUAGGGCAAGCCUGGUAUCGAAGAAUAUGAUCCAAAUGGCACAUCAACAUUCUCAUUUACAUGCUGGACAAAUCUCAGCACCAUCGCAAACGCAUCAACCUGCGCCACAUCUUCACGGACAAAUGGUAUCGAUGAAUACGCAACAACAGAUGAUGGCCCAUCAACAGUCUUCUGCGCACAUGAAUAUCGGACAACAGCAUACGUUGAGUUCGUCACAAAAUACUUCCAACGCAGCCCAUAAUGCGAUGAUGAAUUUGUCUAUGACGCCCCAAUCGCACUAUAUGAACCAACAGGCAUCGAAUCAGCUUCAAGAGCAGCAUCAACAACUGCAACAGCAGCAACUUCAGAUACACCAACCGCAACAACAUGAACAGGGUCAAGUUCAAGCUACUGGAGGAAUGCAUAUAGCUAACGGAGCUACUUCAAGCGAACAGAUGAAUCAGCAUAAUGCGGCAUCACCAAUCACUGAGGAGAAUUCCGUUGAGCAAACUAUUCAACCGCAACAAUGUAUACGGCAGGGUUGUACGAAUUUGGCAAUUAUAAAUUCCGAUUGGGAAGACGAAUAUUGCAGCAACGAAUGUGUCAUCACACAUUGCCGUGAUGUAUUUGGGCAUUGGUUGCAAAACAAUAAUACACAGCAGCAGACGUUUUCGACGGUGAAAUGAAUACUUCGGAAUUUUGUACCAGGCACUGCUGUACUGAUAAGCAGUUAUUAUCAUAAUAAUCAAUAUUAUGUUACAUAGAUCCAUUACAGCCAAUUAUUGUGAAACUAAUUUCAAAGAAAAGACAAAUAAUGCUGUAAAAUAUGUUGAUACUAUCGCUGUUUUAGGCGUUUUUUUUAUUUUUUCAGGUUUUUUGAAGGCAAGUUUAAGAAUGCGAUAAGAAUGCGAGAUAGGUAGACAAAAGGUAGCUUGCCUUGUGAGUGAAAAUCACAAAGUAACACGAUUUUAUUUUGUUCCCCAAUAUUCAUCCAUUCUAGUUUCUAUUCAAAACACUAGGUUUCAGUUUUUACUUAUUGCGAAAACCUUUUUUUUUUUUCAAACUCCAACCAGUAUUCUUGAGCCAUUCUUGAGAGUUAGAUAUUUACUUUAUGCAUGCCACAUUUAAUUAUAUUGUUUCCACAUGUAUUAUUGACUAUUUUAUAGCGAUACAUCUUGUAUCGCGUUUUUGUCGGUAUAUUUUAUAUCGAUCAUAUAUAGCUAGCUCUAAGAAGUUUUUAAAAUGUAAAUUUGUUUACAAUGCGGCAGAUUCUGCCCAUCUUUUUUCCCUUCUGAUCUCCGGCAAGCGAAUAGAUUUAGGGGUUGCGCAUAUUCGUUCUGAUUACUACGAUUUUUUAGUCAUGUAAUCCGUCUUUUAUUUAUUUGUUUUACAGAAAUCGAUUUCAUUUGCUCAUCAAUCUGUCCUUACACUGUGCAUUCCAAUCAACGAUUGGAAUGCAGGCAUUGCUGCGUACUCUGCUAUAAAAUUAAAAAAAGGCUUGUAUGGUUGAAUAGGGAUAGUGCAAACCAAUUUGGGGUAAUUUUUCCCUAAAUUUCGUUGAAACAGAUGUUGGUUAGAUUUGAAAUACGAUAUGAGUUAUGCAUAUUGAUAAUUACUUUGCAAACAUGAUAUAAAGAAAACCAUGAACGUCAUAUGAACAAUAUGGAUAAUUUUAUAGUUCAGUUAAAGCUUAAUAUUCAGGACACAUCAACACUGUUUACAUCCAUUUAAUUAAUUGCAUACCGAUAAUUAAUUAUUUUGAGCUAAAUCUAUUAGUGAUUUCGUCUAAUUAUCCUGAAUUGAGCUGUGGAUGGUCAGUCGACCUCAGUUGAAUAUUAGCAAUAUUGAUAGUUGGUUUGAUUAUUUUUAUCCCAUUAUGAAUUAAAUUUUUCGUUUAAAAUUGUCUACAUAAUGUAAAUCAAUGCUGUCUUUUAAUAAUGCAAACUAAAUCAUAACUCAUCAAACACACCGUUUCCAACCCCAAACCAUACGCAAAAAAUACAUUAACUGUUCAUUAUUAAUCGACCUUUCACGACUCUCAUACGAUUAAGAAUAUCAGCUAACCAAUAUAACCUCUGAGACUAUUUUUGGUUUAGAAUUAAAUGAUUUGUAUCUAGGAUAAGGACUAGUUAAUCGUGACUAGUUCUAUUUCUUUUAACUAUUUUUUUCUACAAUUACUCUACGACACAAUAAUAUUAUUAAAAAAACAUUAAAUGUAGAGAAUAGGAUUUGUCAUCAAACAUCAACAAACAACAAACAAGGCUUUCAUUUGAUUCUUUUGCAAUAGCAACAUGGGUUCUUACCAGAGUCAAUAAUACAUUACAGUACUGGUUAGCAAAAUUUUGACCUACAGCAAGUAGUAUAUUAUGUUUAGAGAGAUUAUUUUGUUCAUACUUAUUACAAUGCGUUGAAUUUUUGAAAUUUUAUUUCAUUCAAUUUGCAUAUUUAGAUAGUUUUGUAGAAUGUCCCUUUUUCUAUAAACUACCAAGAACAAUCAUUGUACAGAACUUUGACGACAAUGCUUCGCACCGCAGCAAUCGUCAUUUACGAUUAAAAAAAAGUCGAAGAGAAAACAUCAAAUUAUGAUUUUGAUACAAAUAUAUCAGUUAUUGUCCACAUUUUUUGCUGAUUGUGUGCAGGUCACAUAAUAAAUAUGAGUGUUUUGUUAUAUAUUUCUCUAAGCGUCGUGAUGCUGUCACGUUGGCGAUAAUGUUUUUCAUCUAAACGGUAAAAAACUACUGAAUGUAAUAGCCUGGCCUGUUAUCAACUAAGCACAAUUGUUGCUAGUCUAUUAGCGUCUUGAUUAAUUUACUCUCCGUGGGAUAAAAACUGUGAAAAUGAACAUAGUAUGUAAUGCAUUGAAAAUAUCUUGUAAAGCUGUAAGUAUAGCUAGCAUUUAAAUAGAACAUUCACAAACAAAUUAAGACCAAUGUUUAAUAUAUUUUAAUGAUACAUUACCAAUUGCACGUAUCUUUUUAUUGCCAUUCUCUAAAUUGAAGGUAAAACUUAAUGACAUUGGAUUUGAAAUCAGAAAGUGUUCUUUUUAUGUAUUCAUAUGAUAUUUGGAACCAUAAACUGACGGUGUUGAU